CUGAUGCGACAACGACGAAGGCUUCAAGGUAAGACAUCAACGACCGAUCUGCACAGGGCUACGGUGAAAAACGUCUCGUCGACCUCUCUGUACACCGGUCAUGAACCUGAGCCUGUUCCUAGGAAAGGGGGACCAUGAUAAGUCGCAAUUGAGAUGGGUGGUGGUGGAACUUGCAGCGGGGUGGAAAGCUGUAGCGGCAUCCGCCGAGCAUAAGUUCUCACUGAUCUGGGCCAAAGCUACGAGAGUGUCUGGAGCCGCAGCGGCAGCAAUCGCGGCAGCAGGCAGAGGAGUUGGAGGAGGAGAAGGAGAAGCAGCUGCUGCUGCUGCUGCCGACUCGCAGGCGGAAGCGGCCAAAGGCGGGCGGAGUUGUGGAGGACCGUCGACUGGCUCGCUCGAGAGACACGGCGACUUGAAAAGCAGUAUCAUGGCGGGAGGGGGGGGUGCGGAAAGGGGAGUGACUUAUGGCCCUCUUGUGGGGUCGAUCUUCCUGUUCAAUCUGUUCAUCGGCACAGGCGUUCUAGCAUUGCCAGCGUUGCUGUUGAAGGCGGGAUGGGUGUUAAGCACAAUAUUUUUGAUCAUUGUGGCGUGUCUGAGCUUUGUGGGGGUGACCUUCAUGAUAGAGUGCAUGGCUACUGCGAACGCCAUCUUGCUGCUGAGGAAGAAGAUGUCGCUGCUGCAGGGUCACACAGCCGAAGACGUUCCUCUCUUGCCCACGAGUCAAGGACGGGACCCAUUUUCCAUCGUCUUGCGAAUGGAAAUGGGUGAAAUGGCCAACUUGUUCUUCAACGACGUCGGGAAAAUACUCUUCUACUGCACAUUGAUUGCGUAUUUUGUGGGUGACAUCAUCAUUUACUCGACCGUUAUUCCGAAAUCCAUCGUCGACUUCAUUUACGGCCCCGUGGCACCGCCCUCCGCCUUCUUCGUCUACCUCGCCAUUUUUUCAGCUUUCAUCGUCCCCUUCUGCUUCUUUGACUUUCAGAAGACUAAGCCGCUGCAGCUCGCCACCAUGGGCAUGAGACAGGCAGGACUCUUGAUAAUACUUAUCCUCUCUUGGAGAACCAUUUAUGAAAACGGCAGUCGUGCUCCGGAGAUCCCAAAGGCCGCUCCUUCGGGGCUUCCAAACCUAUUUGGGGGGGCGGUUUACUCGUUCAUGUGUCACCACAGCUUACCUGGAAUCAUCACUCCUAUAAAGGACAAGUCGCGCCUGUCUUGGGUUGUGGGCAGGACUUUGGCUACGGUGUUUGCUGUGUACAUGAGUAUGUUUCUAUCGUGUGCGAUCGCGUUUGGUUCGGCGGUGUCCGAUCCCAUCACGUUCAACUUCGGCCCCGACAAGUUCGGAUUCGUCGGCGGGUUUCUCGUACUCUUCCCGGUCUUCACUUUGUCGAGUAACUUUCCGAUGGUCGCCAUCACUCUACGCAACAAUCUGGACACGCUCUGGACUCUGCUUCAGUCCAGAACGGAGACGGGGGAGGCGCAAUGUGACUCUCACAUUCCUCGUACUGCUGGCUGGAUGACGUCUUCUGCGGGAAAUCUCGUUGCACAGAUGGUAAGAAGCGCUCCUCCGAAAGGGAAGGGGAAGAGGAAGCUGUUGUUGGAUUGCGAACCGGAGGGCGUAAACGCAGUUGACGAUCCCGAACGACGGUCCGGAGAUCGGCAAGGAGAGUGGUCGAUCAGCCAUGAGGAAGAGGAGGAAGAGUUCGCAGAACAGGUACUAGUCGAUGCCGGUCAUUAUAACAAUGAGGCCAGGAACGCUGCUGAUCUUCGCCCCCGGAUCGAUGUCUCCUUGGCGCGCAGAACAGUGCUUACAAUCCUGACCGUCGGCCCCCCGUUGGCUCUCACUGCACUCGCGGAAAUGUGGUCGGUGGACCUCAAUAGCCUCGUGGGCACAACGGGUCUUUACGCCGGGUGCGGGGUGAUGUUCGUGAUUCCGGCAUGCCUCGUUCUCUGCGCACGAAGGGAGUUAGCAAAGGAAUCUGCUGCAUUUGCGCUUGAAAGCAACAGCAGCAGCAGCGCGGAUUAUGCCAUAGCCGAAAGCUUCAUCUCCACCAACAAUCCACAUGCGUCUCCCUUUCGAGGAACGGCCUGGGUGGCUGUGUUGCUCGUGUGGGCGGUUAUUGCUACCAUCUUCAACAUUGUGCAGAAAAUUCUGGAUUUCAAUCAGCGUUAUCCCUAGCUGACCCUUCUUUUUUUUUUUUUUUUUUUUUUUUUUUCAGAAUCACUGACCCUUCCAGUUUGUUCCCAUUGUGAGAAUUUCUGAUCAUUCCUGCACUGAAUCAUACAUUCAGUACUUCUACUUGGUAUUAUGCAAGCAUGUAUCUUGCGAGCGUCUGUGGAAAAGGAAUCUCCUGCAUUUGCGCUUGAAAGCAACAGCGGCAGCAGCAGCAGCAGCGCGGAUUAUGCCAUAGCCGA